AUGAGCGGGACGCCAGCUGGUGCUGCAUCAGCUUGGGACUUCAACCUGCACUACACACCCAACACGGUCGCCGCGUUCGCGAAAACAGCCUCCGUAUGAAACAGAAGCUCUCAAACGUUGCAUUCUUUGAUGCUGUUCUCUCAUUUACAUGAUUUGCCAUCCUUGCAGAAUUGCCAGCAGCGUCGUCGCGUUCACACGAUCAAGCUGCUUCGCGUCGCAAGUUUAAUGGCCUGAAGAUUUUUUUUAUUUUUCAAAUUUGUCUAUAAGGCAAAACGUGCAAAAAUAGUACUUAGCAUCAAACUCCCUCCUUUCAUUUCCGCGAUUCUUGCAUCAAUCGGCGGGAUUAUAGCAUCAAUGUAGUGACGUCGUUGAGAUGUCGAACAACUCCAUAGGCCGAGCGUUUUGGGUAUGCCGGGAUCGCGAUGAACUUCGAAGUGGAAGACCUGGCCGAAAUGGAGGAACUUUUGUGCAUUUUGAAAGAGAAAAGCCUCGAAGAAGAGACCAGAGCAACCGCGCCCGCGCCCGCUGGUAGUACGACCAGUAGACCAAUGGGAAAAACUACAUCGAUGCUCUUGUCAUCUUCAACAUUAUCCUCUUGUAGUACUACGUUGAAAAAGAACAACUACAACAUCCACGCGACCACUGGUGGAGCAGGAGCAAAAGCUACCGGGAAGGCGAAGUCGCAGUUUCGCGCCCGUUUUGUCCAGUUUGUGGAGGAGUGCGAUUUGGAGAGCUCGCGCUUCUUGGAGGAACAAAGGAGCCGCGUUUUGAUGAAGAGCAGGCACGAAGGUCAGGAUGGUGAACGGCAAAAAGUUGCUCGUCCUCGUGAGAUGAAACAACUGCAGGCGACGACGAGUACAGCCAGCUACAACAGAUUCGUCGACAAAAAGAGUGGUAGUAACGAUGGAUCAAAGAUGAAAAUAAAAACGCCCCCUGCAGCUCCGCCUGCCGAUGUGCUGAAACGCGUCACGCUAGUCCACGAUGGGGCGGCAGUGAAUUUCCACCGGAAAACGGACUUGAUUCGGGAAAUCGCAACCUUGCUGCGGCGCCGAGCGUCCAGUCAGAGAAACGGGAAGAACAUAGAGACAGCCACUAUAUCAUCCGCGUUUCGUGGUGGCCAGGAACAGGAACAAAGUACACCCCUGGCGGAGCACUUCCCUUCUGAUGGUCAGCAACCGGAUUCGAAUGGACAAACGAAAGCCGAGUCCUCGACCUCUUUAAUUCGGAAGCAAGGUCAGCUGCACCACUCGUCGCGAUUGCUACCAGCGACCAAGUAUGCUUCGAAAAUAAAGUAUAGUACUCGUAUAAAUAUAAUUAAAUGCGUGUCUUGCAGCAAGACAAAUCUCUUUUUUUCCCUUAAUGUGCAUGACAAAUUCAAUUUUUCUUCGUUGAAAAAAAUUUUUCUUCAUGCAAUGCUGUGUACUAGUACCAGUACGCAAUUACUUUUUCUAUGCAUACCAAGCGAGCCAAGAAACAAGAGCUGGAGGUCGUGCAGGCAGCAAAUAGAAGUACUGAAAAUAAUAAAAGCCCACUGCACGACGACCACCGGGUGGAAAAUGGGCGGUCCUUCACCACUAAGCCGUGGCUGCUGCACAAAAAUUAUGCCAACGCGCAGCGCCACCCCUGGUGUGAUUUCUUGGUGGCCAUCCGUCCCGUAUGAAGGUACACAACAACUCCCCCUUCCCCUCAUUUCUCAUGCAGAUAAAACGCAGCUCCAGCACAGCCACUGCCUCAUAUCUUCGCUAUUACCUGGUAUGACAAAUUUGGGCAGAACCCAAUCCUUACUACAGUCUGCCCGCAUGUUUGUCAUGCAAAAGCUACAUUUCGAUUAUUUCUGACCUUGUUUCUAUUGCUGUUCUUGCUUUCAAAUGAGGGGAAGAGGCAGCUUUGCACACUCAUAUUCCGGGAGCGACCAGGCACUGACGGAGAUCGCGAACCUCGGAGGCGGUGGAACGACAAAUACGCUAGAAAAAAACUGUGUAAGUGUAGAUGACACCUGUAAAAAUGAACAAGCACACGAUACAGCAACGGUAUACAGUUGUCACGCUAGCCAGCCGUUAUCCUGAAAUUACCAUCCUGUGUUCAUGAUAUACAUACUUUUUCAAGUACGAAAAUGAACUUGGUAAUAAGAGGCUAUAAUGUCUGUUGUCCUGGAGAAGAAAUAAUGUGUCAUGUUAUCACUCCAAGACGCCUACACUGACACAGUUUUUUUACUGGAUAACAAGCGCAAUCGGUUCAUUAUCCUCUUUACCCGGCGGAAGCACGUCCGCAAACGCGCCGCCGUUGUUUGAUCUGCUAGCCCUUCCCCUGGAGCAGCCGGCAACGAGCGCAACCGGGAUCCGCAUCUUGCGGCCUCAGGUAACCGCUUUACUCGACCGAAAUCCAGCGCUCCUGUUUGAGGUAUCGGAGAAAAAAAGAUUGUAGCUGCAACUUUAUUUUUGCGAGUGCGAGAAGAAGAUGAAGAGCACCACAUCGUGCAAACAAAAAAAACUGGCCAUGCGCAGCUAGUACUUUUUGUGAAAACACAAGCGCGGCGAGCCUAUUAUGCAUGUCCAGCAUGAUUAUGCCAAGUGUACUACUGAAACUGUCUUGCCCCCUCGCCUGCAAGAUGAACGCAAAUUUACACGAGCAAUCUCCUCUUUCUCCUGCAUAUGAGGUUCCUUUCGCGCACUGCCUGCGCGCCGAGCAGGCCGAUCAGUUUCGACAUUUUUUUCAAAAUUUGCAGAAGCUGGCCCGGCUCACGCACGGCAAGCACUGCCUUCUCACCUCCGGAGCCCGAGCUCCGGCCGUAUCCACUGCAAAUUAAUAUAUCUGGGUCUGGAAGUAGAAUGCAGAUGCUAUGCGUCGUGCUGUUUCUGUAUCUACCACACGAGGGUCUUGUCUUGAAUGCACGCAGAGCAUCAGAGGCAGGCUUUGCGGACGCUUUUCCAUGAUACCCUCUCCGAGAGACCCCUCUUUUGCAUGUGCAGACGAGACCAUGAGCAUGUAACACAGAUUUUUGCCUGUUCCAGAUCUUCCAGAAUCUGCAUCCUUUGUUCGGAUCCAGAUGACAUAUUUGCAAUGCAUAGGCCGAGCAGCGGUCCAAAUUUGACCUGGUGAAUUUGGCGUACGUCUCUGGGGUGCUUCAGGUCCAGCACGCGGUUACCCUACGUAAAAGUAUACUCGCUCCAGUAAGUACGUGUACGUAAUUCGAGAAGUUUAUUCAUUGAGCGACAAGCUUUCAUUUUGCAAAACUGAAAAUAAAUGGACAGCCCGGUGGUCAUCAUGCAGAGGACUGAGGGGGCCAUCUGGAACUGUGUACUUAGUAUGAAAACGCGUAUAUUGAUUAAGUAUAAUCUUUGGCAUUUUGUUGAUUUUUGCAGUUGCAGUGGACACAGAUACAAAACAUUUCAACGAGUGUAGUGAUACUUUUGCAGAGGAUCGCGGAGCGUCACCUACAGCAGGGCUGCCGAAAUUUCGGCUUACUUUCAUGUUCGUAUGGUGAUGCGGCGAACUUGAAUGGUGGAGGUGGACCAGCAGGAAGGGGCAACAGGACGCACGUCUCAGUUGCCAAUCAUAGUACUACCUGCGCAAAUUUUUAUGCACCGGCCCCGGUAGGGGUCGUGCGAUGCUAAAAGUUGCACGCUGUACAACUAGUGCUUAGCUUUUACGAUCUGUUCAAACCUGCGUGGUAAUACCUACCAGCGACCAGGAGCGCGGACGUAUGUCAUGCGCUUGCGCAUGCAUGCAUGAGGUUUUUGUUUCACGCGGUCAUUGGCCUUUUUUUGUUCCUACUGAGCAGUGAUUCUUGUGCAUGCUGCACACACCCGAAAGAACACGAUUGAUGUCCGACACGACGCCCCCAAUAGCAAUAAAGGGGAAAAUGAAACGCAAGGCCGCGACCACUCGCAGAAUGAAACAAGAACUACAAAGAGUGACCCUUGCGACUGUUUUUAGACUCAUGAUGCUUCGCUCACCUGUUUACCCCAAAAAACCUCGACGCAUGUUCAACUUUUGUCGGAGCAGAUGCAGAUUGAGCAGAUGCAGACACAGACUAUUCUUGUUGCAUUAUGAAGAUUAUUGUCUGAUCAGCUGGUUCUUGUCCUUGUCCUUGUCGUGUUUAGGUCGCUUCUUGUGAUGUUUCGUU